AUGAAUCAGCCGAUUAAGAAUCCGUAUGUGGAAGCAUUCUUUCAAUUGGGCACUAAUAUUCCGUGUCAAUCGCAGCAGUCCAGAGGAGCAGUGGCAAACAUUUGCACGAAUAUCACGCAAACUAAUUGGUGUCCCGAAAGUACCAAUUCAAAACUCAGAAGUUACCUAACCGACAAGAACACAUGGCUAGUUAUUGCACUCUGCCGCUUUUGUCAUCUCUGUGAAACGUUGCGAUCGAGUGAGAGUGAGUUGCGCAAAUAUAUCGUCAACGAUGGUACGCCUGAAUGCGCUACCGACAAACAACAUCAGAAGAUUAGUUUCAAGAUUUGCACACCAAGCAAAGAAGAAUGGCGUGAACAGAAUCAAGAGCAUGAAGAGAAACUCCAGCAAUAUUGGAACUAUUUAAAACAGGGAGUGUUAACGACAGUUAUUCAUGUGAUGGAACGUCAAGAACCGAAUGAAAAACGUAUGGAACAAUGUCGCCGUCUAUGCUCAGUGUUAUCCUCUCAGAAGGCGCUCUCAUCAUCCUACAAAACCACUCUGUUGCAUUCAAUCGAGAAGAUGUGCACUCCGAACGAUUCAUACACAGCAUGUGUUUAUCAUACAAUGAAAUUUGAUGUGAAUGAAGAUUCUCGUUGA